CAGAGUCGUCGAAAUUUCUCUUCUCCUUUUCGUAUUUUUUCAGUUCCAGUUACAUUCCAAUUUCUUCGAAACUUCUCUUCUCAUUUUACGCGUUUUUGCUUCAAUAAAUAAUCCAAAGGAUCGGAGCUUGCUUUUCAAAUCAUACUUUCUUCAAUACCAGUCUAAGAAUACUUUCUUCAAGUUCAAGCAUUUGUGAUCUCUCAUGGCUUUGUCUUCUUCUUUGUCUUGCAUCAAGAGAUACCAAGUCUUUUCGAGCUUCCACGGUCCAGAUGUCCGUAAAGGGUUUCUCAGUCAUUUACACAGUGUCUUUGCAAGCAAAGGUAUCACGACUUUCAAUGAUCAGAAGAUCGACAGAGGCCAGACGAUCGGACCUGAGCUCAUACAAGGGAUUAGAGAAGCUAGAGUCUCGAUCGUUGUGCUCUCGAAGAAGUACGCUUCUUCCAGCUGGUGUUUAGAUGAACUUGUGGAAAUCUUGAAGUGCAAAGAAGCUUUGGGGCAGAUUGUGAUGACUGUUUUUUACGAAGUUGAUCCGUCAGAUGUUAAGAAACAGAGUGGAGUGUUCGGGGAAGCUUUUGAGAAGACUUGUCAAGGGAAAAAUGAGGAGGUGAAGAUCCGAUGGAGAAAUGCUUUGGCACAUGUCGCUACCAUUGCUGGGGAACACUCUCUUAAUUGGGAUAAUGAAGCAAAGAUGAUCCAAAAGAUUGUUACAGAUGUUUCAGACAAACUGAAUCUCACACCGUCGAGGGAUUUUGAGGGGAUGGUAGGGAUGGAAGCUCACUUGAAAAGAUUGAACUCUUUGUUAUGCCUGGAAAGUGAUGAAGUCAAGAUGAUUGGAAUUUGGGGUCCUGCAGGGAUUGGUAAGACUACCAUUGCUAGAACUUUAUUCAACAAAAUCUCUAGUAUUUUUCCGUUUAAAUGUUUUAUGGAGAACCUCAAGGGAAGUAUUAAGGGUGGUGCUGAACAUUAUUCCAAGUUGAGCUUGCAAAAGCAACUUCUGUCUGAGAUUUUGAAGCAAGAGAAUAUGAAGAUACAUCAUUUAGGCACAAUCAAACAAUGGCUACACGAUCAAAAAGUGCUCAUCAUUCUUGACGAUGUAGAUGAUCUUGAGCAAUUAGAGGUAUUGGCUGAAGAUCCUUCUUGGUUUGGUUCUGGCAGUCGGAUCAUCGUUACCACAGAAGAUAAGAAUAUUUUGAAGGCACAUAGGAUUCAGGAUAUCUACCAUGUGGAUUUUCCAUCCGAGGAAGAAGCUCUUGAGAUCUUAUGUCUCUCUGCAUUCAAACAAAGCUCUAUACCAGAUGGUUUUGAAGAGCUUGCCAAUAAAGUAGCUGAGCUUUGCGGCAAUCUUCCAUUAGGCCUUUGUGUCGUGGGUGCAUCUUUGCGUCGGAAGAGCAAGAACGAGUGGGAACGUCUAUUAUCUAGGAUCGAAUCUAGUCUUGAUAAAAAUAUUGAUAACAUAUUAAGAAUCGGAUAUGACAGAUUGUCAACGGAAGAUCAAUCUCUAUUCCUUCACAUUGCAUGCUUCUUCAACAAUGAAAAGGUUGAUUAUUUGACAGCCUUGCUAGCUGACAGAAAGUUGGAUGUUGUAAAUGGUUUCAAUAUCCUAGCCGAUAGAUCUCUCGUGCGUAUAUCUACCGAUGGGCAUGUAGUGAUGCACCACUAUCUACUACAAAAAUUGGGUAGACGGAUAGUUCAUGAACAGUGGCCUAACGAGCCCGGGAAACGUCAAUUUUUAAUUGAGGCAGAAGAGAUUCGUGAUGUACUAACAAAAGGAACAGGUACUGAAUCUGUCAAAGGUAUAUCAUUUGAUACAUCCAAUAUCGAAGAGGUUUCGGUAGGUAAGGGGGCUUUUGAAGGAAUGCGUAAUCUCCAAUUCCUAAGAAUCUAUAGAGACUCUUUCAAUAGUGAAGGUACUUUGCAAAUACCAGAAGAUAUGGAGUAUAUACCUCCUGUUAGGUUACUACAUUGGCAAAAUUACCCAAGAAAAAGUCUUCCUCAGAGAUUCAACCCGGAACAUCUCGUCAAAAUUCGUAUGCCAAGCAGCAAGCUCAAGAAGCUCUGGGGAGGAAUCCAGCCCCUUCCUAAUCUCAAGAGCAUAGAUAUGAGUUUUUCCUAUAGUUUGAAAGAAAUCCCAAAUCUUUCGAAAGCCACUAAUCUCGAGAUAUUGAGUCUUGAGUUCUGCAAAAGUUUGGUGGAGCUUCCCUUUUCUAUUUUGAAUCUACACAAACUGGAGAUUCUGAAUGUUGAAAACUGCUCUAUGCUAAAAGUUAUUCCCACCAACAUCAACUUAGCAUCUCUUGAGAGACUCGACAUGACUGGUUGCUCGGAAUUGAGAACUUUUCCAGAUAUCUCCAGCAACAUCAAGAAACUCAAUCUCGGAGAUACAAUGAUAGAAGAUGUCCCUCCAUCAGUUGGAUGUUGGUCUCGUCUUGAUCACCUUUACAUUGGCAGCAGAAGCCUCAAGAGAUUGCAUGUACCACCAUGUAUAACUUCGCUAGUUCUUUGGAAAAGUAAUAUAGAGAGUAUUCCAGAAAGCAUCAUAGGUCUCACUCGUCUAGAUUGGCUGAAUGUCAAUAGCUGCAGAAAACUCAAGUCAAUUCUGGGUCUCCCCUCCUCCCUCCAGGACCUAGAUGCAAAUGAUUGUGUAUCACUCAAGAGAGUAUGCUUCUCUUUCCAUAACCCAAUCAGGGCACUCAGUUUCAACAACUGUUUGAAUCUGGAUGAAGAAGCAAGAAAAGGAAUCAUACAACAAUCAGUGUACAGAUACAUAUGCUUACCAGGUAAAAAGAUCCCUGAAGAGUUCACUCACAAAGCAACAGGGAGAUCCAUAACCAUCCCUCUGUCCCCUGGUACUCUCUCUGCUUCCUCAAGGUUUAAGGCUUCCAUUCUCAUUUUGCCAGUUGAGAGCUACGAAACUGAUGAUAUAAGUUGUAGUUUAAGAACCAAAGGAGGUGUUGAAGUUCAUUGCUGCGAGCUUCCAUAUCACUUUUUGUUGCGUUCUCGGUCAGAACACCUGUUUAUAUUUCAUGGUGACUUGUUUCCCCAAGGAAACAAAUACCAUGAAGUGGAUGUGACUAUGAGCGAGAUUACAUUUGAGUUCAGCCACACUAAAAUCGGUGACAAGAUUAUUGAGUGUGGUGUACAGAUCAUGACAGAGGGAGCUGAGGGUGACAGUAGCAGGGAAUUGGACAGCUUUGAAACUGAGAGUAGCAGCAGCCAAGUGGACAACUUUGAAACUGGAGGCAACAACAAUCACCACACCGAUGGAAAUGGAGAUGGAAACUAUCAAGCAGAAGGUUUCAAGUUCUUUCAAGAUGAAAACAUCAAAACCAGUAAACAUACUGGUUUUAGGAGUUGGCUUCGGGAGCUUGGUCUUAAAGUGAAGAAGAUGAAUUCUCAUGGAGUCUCAUGAAGACCAAACCAGUUUUUGGCACUUUCUUAGCUCCUUAAUCAUCUUCAUAAGGUACUCUCUCUUAAAUAACAGAUGGAGAUGGAGAAUAUGAGCCUGAAGCUGUUAAGCUCUGUAAAUGUAGAUGAAAACAUCCUUGGUUGUUGGAUUUAGUUUGGGAAGUUUAAGGGUAGACGAAGAAGUACAAAACAUGCAACUUAGGUCGUAGGAUACUUAUGAUUAGGGAUACUUUUUCGCUUGAGUAUAUCUGUAAUGUAUUAAAAAUUAGUUAUGCAUUUGAUCGGUAAAGCUUAAUGAUUACUGAUUCUGGACAUUAGCCAUUAGUGAAAUCGAGUUUAUUCCCGUCAUUUGUAAACUUGUUAUUGCUUUAGGUCUUCCCAUUAACGAGCAUAAGUAUUUGGCAUACACUAGAGACCAGUUUCCUUACUCUCUGUUGUUGAUUUGGUUGUUGAUGUGUUGUAUGGAUUGCUGUAGAAGAUAUAUUGCUUUGUUCUUUAGUCGUUGCGAUUCUUUGGGGUCAAUCUUAAGAGAUGGUUUUAUCUGAGUCUGCAGAGUGAUGUUAGAAUUGAUUCUGGUUAGAAUGUAGAUUGCCUUAGCCAUCUAACGUAAGCGUUAGAAGCUUAUGUGAAUCAAUCUAUCAACGCUUAACAUUAUAUUCUUUCUGUUUAACGUAAGGGAACAUUAAUGCCAUAGAGACUGCAAAGGCAGAAAAAACAGAGGAAAUCGAUAUAGUGCUUUGGCAGGGGAGAAACGACGUCUAUAGACCCUGUUUCUCUACUAAGGAGACGUGGCAUCAUAUUUGAAACAGAUCAAAUAAAGUUGCAUGGCACAAAGCUGUUUGGUUCCCUUAUGCGACUCCAAAAUUCUCGUUUUGUGUUUGGCUAGCUGUCCUUAACAAAUUAUCAACAGGAGAUAGAAUUGAGAAAUGGAACAUCGGUGGAUUGUGUGUUCUGUAAUAACAUGUUGGAGACUAGGGACCAUCUGCUCUUCUCAUGUGUUUACUCCUCAGCAGUUUGGUCGGCCGUAGCAAAGAACAUCUUCAAGUCCAGAUACUCUACGGAUUGGAGCAGCCUUAUCUACAUCUCUAAAUGCAACAUAAUCGGAUAGAGAGAUUCUUAGCUCGAUACAUCUUACAAGCUUCAGUCUAUACACUUUGGAGAGAGAGAAAUGGAAGGAGGCAUGGUGAGGACCCUAACCCUGCAGCUAGACUCAUACGGUGGAUCGACAAGCAAAUGCGCAAUGCUCUUUCAUCCAUCAAAGAGAUGGGCGAUCGAAGAUAUGAUACGGGACUACAACUGUGGUUUGCAACUGCAAAUUAACCUCUGUUGAUCUUUAAUUUUCUCAGCUGUUUUCAAUCUAAAGGUGCACUUGUUGUAAGAAAGAUAUUUUUACUUUUGAAUAUAAUUUAACAUUACAUUCAAAAAAAGGAGAUAGGGAAUUUCGACGAUUCUCCAGAGAUCAAAACUAAGUACACACAAAGAGACCAUAUGGUCCAAUCAGUUCC